UGUGUGGCCGUACACUUUUUCGGUGCGCUGAAGAGAAAACAGUAGCUGAUGAUGACUAUGGUGGUCACACACUCACGCAUAAACCCCCCACCCUACUAUCCAUCCACCCUUUCCUGAAAUAUCAAAUUAUUAAAUAUUUACUGUAAUCUUUUCAAAACCCUAAAUGCUAAAUAAUAAUAAAAAUGACAAUCUAUCAUCAUCAUCGCUCUAUUCUUACACGCAUUCGCCAUCAACGUAACCAUAUUACUCCUCUUCUGACCCGAAUUCUCGACACGCCCCAACCUCACCGCCCACACUCCAAUUUCUCACAUUCUUAUCAUCAUCACGCUGCUAACCACCGUUUUCUGCUAGACAUUUCACCUUUUUCAUCACGCCGUAAUCGUGAUUCUCCCCCUUCCACAAUCACUCCUUAUGAACACCCUCCUUCUUAUUACCGCUUCUCUAUUCACCGCAGUUUUAUAACUAGGCCUAAAAAAAUCAAGAAAAUAGAGGUUGAUGAUCAUAGUCAGCGAGCUGUUACAACAGCCUUAUGGUGUAAUUUUCUUGUAUUUUCGCUCAAGUUUGGCGUCUGGAUUGCCACCUCAAGCCAUGUUAUGCUGGCUGAAGUUGUGCAUUCGGUUGCAGAUUUUGCAAAUCAGGCACUUCUUUUGUAUGGUUUAAACAGUUCGAAGCGUGCCCCAGAUGCUAUUCAUCCGUAUGGUUACUCAAAGGAAAGAUUUGUUUGGUCGUUAAUAUCUGCUGUCGGAAUCUUUUGUCUUGGUUCGGGUGCCACGAUUGUACAUGGAGUUCAAAAUUUGUGGACUUCGCAGCCCCUUGGAAAUAUAACAUAUGCUGCAUUGGUGAUUGGUGGCUCAUUCAUUAUUGAAGGUGCCUCUCUUGCUGUGGCGGUGCAUGCUGUGAGAAAAGGUGCAGCUGCUGAAGGCAUGACACUGAGAGACUAUGUCUGGCGUGGACAUGAUCCCACAGCUGUUGCAGUCAUGACAGAGGAUGGUGCUGCAGUUACCGGGCUUGCAAUUGCUGCUGCAUCAUUAGUUGCUGUGAAAAUGACAGGGAAUCCUAUCUAUGAUCCAAUUGGUUCAAUCAUUGUCGGAAACCUUCUCGGAGUGGUGGCUAUAUUUCUGAUCCAGAGAAAUCGGCAUGCAUUGAUUGGUAGAGCGAUUGAUGAUCAUGAUAUGAAAAGGGUCCUUGAGUUUUUGAAGAAUGACCCAGUUGUAGAUUCUGUAUAUGAUUGUAAAAGUGAGGUGAUUGGGCCUGGUUUCUUUAGAUUUAAAGCCGAGAUAGAUUUCAAUGGGGUGAUAUUGGUGCAGAACUAUCUUAGCAGGACAGGACCUGAAGAAUGGGCCAAAAAGUUCCGUAAUGCUGCAGAGGAAAAGGAUGAUGCCGAAAUGCUUAAGAUCAUGUCAUUCUAUGGUGAAGAAGUGGUUACGGCCUUAGGGAGUGAAGUUGACAGGCUUGAGAAAGAAAUACAAGAAAUUGUUCCUGGCAUAAGACAUGUUGAUAUUGAAGCCCACAAUCCAAUUAUCCCACCACUUUGAAUUAUGCCAAGUGAUUUAACUUGCCGUGAAAAUUUUAAUCGUUAUUAUAGUUAUUAUUAUUAUCAUCAUCAUUAUCGUGUAGAUGUGGAUACCUGGAUUUUGAUGUCCUUCGAGGAAUGUAAAACAGCGACAAGGUUUUGUUAGAAAUAGAAAAUCAGAGUUCCAUUCCAUAUUAA